AAAUUUAAAUCCAUACAUCAUCUAUUUUCUGGAAAAUUCACAUCUCUGCAGCUUAUGAUGUCGUAAAUGGUAAGAUGCGUUUCCGGGAAAGAAUUUUUUUGCGAAUGGUUGUGGUAGCAGUUGUAGUUUUCGUAACUAGUAUAUGUGCAUUGAUGUACCAUAACUCGUCUAACAAUGUUGACAAAGAAGUACUAAAUCUACGAUUACCGAUUUCUUUCAAGUUCUUGCCAUAUUUGCCAGAGGAUCCGAUUGUAUGGCAACCGGUUUAUAUAAUCAGUCAUCAUAACGAAGAAGUAAGUUUUGUACUGGGAUUUAUAUUAACACCAGGAAACAAGGAAAUUGAACUGUUAAAUAAAUUGAAAGACCUUUUGACAAAUAUGAAUGAAAUGGAACAAAAAGCUUCAUUAAUUGUUAUAUUUGUAGCAGAUAUAAAUCUUAAUAGAGCUAUCGCAAGUGUUAGGCUAUUAAAUACAUUUUUUAGUCCGUAUACUAGAAAUGGUACUAUUGACAUAAUCGCACCACCACCACAAUAUUAUCCGAAGGAAUUACAGAAAUCAUAUAAGGAUUUCACGGAUAUUGAAAAUUGGAGUAAACAAAAUCUGGAUAUAGCAUAUCUGAUGGGUUAUGUAAGUGUAAAAGGCAAAUACUAUAUUCAUCUGGAUGAUAACACUGUAAGCAGGAAAAAUUUUAUAUCAACGAUAAUAGCAAUUAUGGAUAAAGAGCAUUUCAAUGAAAAGAAGUGGUUCUGGUUAGAUUUCUGUAAUGAUGAUUUUAUUGGAAAAUUGUUUAAAACAAGUGAUUUGCCAUAUCUUGCAACAUAUUUUCAAUUAUUCUAUAAGGAUAAACCAGUUCAUUUGCUCUUAUACAAAUAUCUUGAAACUAAAUUAUGCAGUGAUAAUAUGAGCGAUAAACUAUGCAAUUUCCUUAUUGCCCAAUUAUGGUCACAUGAACAUAUUCUGCUGUUUGAAAAAGGUGCUGUAAAACCUGCUAUGAUAUUCGAUAAGCGAACUUCUGAUAAUAAUCACACUACAGACAAGAGAAUAGGAUUUCAUAAACACCAUAAGAAUCCUACUGCGUACACAAAAACUUCUAUUGGAACUAUACAUGGUUAUACAAUGAAAUUAGCUUAUUCUGGAGAAUCUUAUUUCCAUGGUGGUAUACCACGGAAAAAUGACAACAUAAUUUUUCAAUUUGUCAAACCCACUGAAUUGACACGAUAUAUUUUUCGCAGUGGAACUGUUAAACACCCUGAUGAACGUUUCUAUGAUACAACGGUGGAAAUUUUGCCACUCCCUAUGCGCGAUCGAAUAUUUGAUACAACUUUAGCACAGCGCUAUAACGUUACUAGGGAUGGGUUUUAUAUUGUCGGGAGUUUUAAUGACGAUGGUAUUGCCGUGGGAACAAUAGAUCCAAAUUUUGGUGUACUGGAGCGAUUACGACUUUGGGUGCAUUCUACUUCACGGCAUUGGGUGUAUUUAACAGAUAUUUAUUUGGAACAAAAAAAUGAUUCUGAAUUAUUAUUACGUUAAUAUAUUUACACAAGGUGCAAGAUUUAUUUUGUAUUAAAUGAAUAAUAAAAGUGAAAAUUAUUAAAAUUUAAA